GUAAUGUGAGGGAGUGUGAGGUGAGGGUGUGUAUGGUCAAGGUAGUGUGGGGGUGGUGAGUGUGGUGACCCCGGGAGCUGAUGCCUGGCCCUGGCGCAAUGAAGUGAAUUACACCAAUAUUAUUUAUCAUGGCUGGCGUGAAUGACCUUCCGGAAGAAAUCCUGGAGUACAUAUUGUGUCUUAUAUCGCCAUAUAACGAUUUGAGAUCUUGUAGACAGGUAUGUCACAGGUGGUACACCUGUUGCCAGGGUGUUGUGGAGAAGAGAAAAUCCCAUUUUUUCACAGCUCUGAAGGUGGGCUGUGUCAAGUGGUUUAGUCCAACAUAUCCAAGCCACAUCAUCCCAAUCAGCAGACGUUACUCACAUUCAGCAUGUGUGUUUGAUUCAUCCAUGUAUGUUUUUGGUGGGUGUACGUCAACAAAUACAACAUUUAAUGACCUUUGGCGUUUUGACUUAGGGUUACAUGAAUGGACACGCUUAUUGACAACAGGAACUUAUCCAUCGCCCAAAGCAUAUGCCUCAAUGGUAACAUGGAACAAUUGCCUUGUGUUAUUUGGUGGUUGGACUCAUCCUUCUUUGUACCCUCUGCAUCAGCAGUGGGUCUUGUUCAGCGAAUUGCAUGUCUUUGAUAUAUUAGGUAAUCGAGGGGACUCAACUGUACUAUCCUGGAUCACCCCCACCCAACAGCUGGUCAUUCAGUUUCCCGGUUCAGUAAGAAAAACAGCCAACAAUGUUUGGGUGCCCCCAGUACAGCAGCCAGAAAUACGUCCUCAUGAACAUCAUCAUCCAGAACGUCAUCAGUUGGAACCAAACGUUAAUGGCCAGCGGGGGGUUUUUCUUCGACCAGGAAUCCAUCCAGCAGACCAGGCAGAAUCUAGCAGUGAUUGUAAAGUGAUGAUGUAA